AUGGCCGUCCGACGCGCCUCAGCGGAGCUUCUCGCCCAGCGCUUCCUCCAUCUGCGCAUCAGUCCGCGCCCCACAAACCUCUCCGAGAGCCGCGAAAUCUACCGCGUGCUUCAGCGCUUUGGCGACAUCUCAAAGUACUACAGCAUGAAUUUCGAAUACCACUCCCCCGCGCCAAACUCAGCAUUGCUCAUCUACCGCGACUCUUCCUCCGCACAAGCCGCCCUCGACGCCUCCCCCAUCCGCUUCUCCCUCGAGCGCACGCAGCACGACCCCAAAACCGCACAAGACACAGACGACUACGCCAUUUCUGGUUCCUUUGACGGAGAAGACGACCCCUCCACGCUUCCGCAGCAAACAACACCCGGCAUAGACGAUAUCCUGUCACCCUCGGGCCUCCUCACGCGGACAUCCCCAACACCAGAGGGUGACACAGGGGAGGAAAACGAUCCACCACUCCCCUUCGCGCCCCCGCAAAAGCAGGCUAAGACGGUGUCAAGAUGGUUCCAGGUCACCGUCGACCGAUCGCGCGCCGUCCACCAAGAUUACGUCGAACGGCAGCCGUUCUGGAAACACUUCACGCCCAUGAAAUCGGUAGCGCAAUUGGAUUUGGCGAGAAAAGUACCGCACGCUGGGUUGAGCGACGUGAGCAAGCGGCCGCCGCAUGCGUACCGCACGCCGAAUCAUGUGCUGAGGAUGAUGAAUGCGCACUUGGCCAAGGGACAGGAGAGUUUGGUGGCGAUGUGGGAGGCGGGAAGACGAGAAGGAGAAGGAAGGCGGUGA